AUGGCAAUGAUGGCCCUCAAGCAAGAAUUGGCUCAAUACUUAUCUCAGAAUUUCAUGGAUGGAACUUUGAAUAGACAGUAUGAAGAACUCCAAAAACUACGAGACAUCAAUAACCUUCGAUUCAUCGUUGAAGUGCUAACAUUGUUCUGCAGCGAAACAGAACGGAUGAAACCUUUUAUGAAUAUUCCCACAGUUGAAAGCUAUGUCCAGACCAUAAGAGGAAGCAGCACGACUAUUGGAUCUCAGAAUGUAACUCUGUCAUGCGAUGAGUUUUGUCGGGCCAGUGAACGGAAAAACAUAGCAGGGUGUCACAAGGCAUUGUUGCAGCUCAUUCGUGAAUUUUAUCACACGAGAGAUGUGUUUAAGAAAAUCAUAGAGCUAGAACGCAAGAUUAUAUAUUUGGCUACAAAAACACAAGCUUAG